CAUACACCUAAAACACAUGCUGCAAAAUGGCGACGCGCAGCAAAAGGAAAACUUCGUCGAAAGAAUCGGAGGUUUCAGAAGUUACAGAUAACCAGUUGGAUGACUUGUUUACAAAUUCUUCAUUUGUUAAUGAACCUAAUGAUGAUGAGUCUGAAAGUGAGGAAAGUUAUUUCUCUGAAUUAGAAGAGGAAAUAUCCAGUGAUGAGGAAGAUGACAAAUCGGAAGAAGAUGAUGAUUACAGAUCGGAAGAUGAAGAUGAUGACACUUCUGAAGAGAAUUCAGACGAGGCGUCAACAUCUGCAGAUGAGAAAACUAGCAUCAAUCAGGAUAACAAGAGUAUGAAAAAGAAAACAAAGAGGAAAACAAGACAAAUUGACAGUAGGAUGGAAAAAACAAAGAAGGAAUACAUUGACAGUGGAAUAGAGAAUUCUGAUCCAAUUCAAGAUGAAUAUGAAUAUGAUUCUUCAGAUGAGGAGGAUAUCCGCAAUACAGUCGGCAACAUUCCCAUGCAGUGGUACAAUGAUUACCCUCAUAUAGGAUACGAUUUGGAUGGGAAACGAAUAUCAAAACCAGCACAAGGAGACGAAUUAGAUGAAUUCCUAAAUAAAAUGGAAAAUCCAGAUUACUGGAUAACAGUGAAAAACAAAAUGACUGGAGAAAAUGUUGUUUUAACAGAUGAGGAACUUGAUAUUAUAGAACGAAUAGAGAAAGGAAGGUAUCCACAAGUUGAAUAUGAUCCAUAUGAACCCUAUGUAGAUUUCUUUACUAAAGAAACUAUGAUUCAUCCUGUUACCAGGAGACCUGAACACAAACGUAGCUUUAUACCGUCAUUGAUAGAAAAAGAGAAGGCAUUGGCAUGGCAACAACAGGAUCCAGAAGACAGAAGAUUAAACUAUCUUCCCAAGAAAUUUGACUGUCUUCGUAAAGUACCGGCUUAUUCCAAUUUUAUUCGGGAGCAAUUUGAAAGAUGUCUCGAUCUUUAUUUAUGUCCAAGACAAAGAAAAAUGAGGGUUCAAGUGAAUCCAGAAGAUCUGAUUCCAAAGCUGCCCAAACCAAAGGAAUUACAGCCAUUUCCAACAGUACAAGCAAUUGUUUAUAAAGGUCACUCUAAUCUUAUUAGGUCAAUCAGUGUGGAUCCAUCUGGCCAGUGGCUGGCAUCUGGUUCAGAUGACAGUACUGUCAAACUUUGGGAAGUCAUCUCGGGUCGAUGUUUGAAAACCAUUCCUGUUAGUGGAGCUGUUCACUGUGUUGCAUGGUGUCCAAAUGUACUACUUUCACUGUUAGCCAUAGUUGUGGACGACAAUGUACAUAUCCUCAAUACUGGACUGGGAGACAAAUUGCUUAUCUCUGGCACUGACAACGUGAUUGAGAACUACGAACCAGCUGAAGAUAGUACAAAGUCUUCAGUGGACUGGGUGCAAGCUGAAGAUGAUUUACAUGAUAUCGGAUUCAGAUUAUCCAUAAAACAUCCAAAGUUGGCCCAACCCCCGUAG